CCUCACGCCCUUUUUUUAUGUUUUUUUUUCUCUCUCUCGUGUAGGCUAAUCAGGGGAAGCCAAGAGCCAGGCAAAUCUCGAGCCCAACCUGCUGCACGCAAGAACAGAGAACGAGCAGCUUCGGCGGGGAAGAGGAAUCGAAAGAGAAGGAAAUUUUGAUGGCGGAGGAGGCGAAGCCGGACACGCAGCUGUUCCAGCUCCUCUCCGACCUGCUCCAGCAGGUGGAGUCAAUGAGCAACCAGGAAGAAGUAGAAUUGCGUGCUAAGAUCGAAGCACUAGGACUAGAAGUUACCAAGGUACCAGAGCAGACACCUAAGCAGCUUGAUGAGUUAGAGAUCGCAGCAGAGCUGGACAAACUAUCAGCGAGGCUUGAUAAUGUUGACAAGAUGAUAUCUUCUGCCAUGGCCUCGGAUCCAGAGGUGAAAUCCCUUUUGAGUACCACUGCUGAUAUCUGGAUGCCCGUCAUCACCGCCUCUGCCGAUGAAAGGCGGGGAUUUGCAGGAACAAGUGGUGAAAGCAACCAAGAAGAGCAGGAGAGUUCCAAACAAUAGCCUCCUACAUGUACCUUCACAUGAGUAUUUCUUGACCAUGUAUCAACAUUUGUAGACAAAACAAGCAAUAAGCACACAUUCAUGAGAUGGUAAAUAAAUCUGAUAACUUGUGGUGGCCAUUUUGUACAUCAAUUCUUGAGUCUUCAGUUUGUUAUUUUUCAGUUUCGAUUCUCAAAGUUGCGCCUGCAGAGUGCAGCUGUUUGUAGCUAGCAACCACAACAUUUUUAUCUGGAAAUGCAUCAAUUUUGUGUAUGA